GUAUCAUGAAUGGAUAUGUAAAGCAACUUGUCCUACUAUCAAAUGGAAGGUGUAUGCCAUUUAUUUUGUGUAUAUCAAAAAAUUAAAGUAUCCAACCAGAUUUCUAAUCCAGGAGCCUUUAUCUUGUUCAACCUGUUAUCCAAGUGAAUGAUAAAAUAGAGGAUGGAGUCCUACGACUACCACGUCGUUGGAACUGUUCACAAUUUUGGUGUCUUUAAGAAUUCCGGAAAGAAGGUUAUAUUACAGAUUGACUUCAAGACAAACAAAAUCAGUCUUAUCAAGAAAGGGGCUAUACAAUACAAAUGUGACUUCGAUGAUCUCUCGUACGACUCCGAGGAAGGAGUCUUGUUUUGUAUAAAAGUUGGCGGGAAGCAGAUUGAACUCACGGCAGAAAACCUCGAGGAAAAGACAGCAAUAUGUCGCCUGCUAAGCAUAGUACAGUGCAAUGCUGCCGAUUUGGUCAAACGGGAAUUAAGAGGGAGUUCAGGGGGGAUAAGUGACGAUGUGGUUCGGACCAGGACGGCGUCUGUCAUUAAGGAGGGGGUUCUGGAGAAGAAGGGCAACGCCACCAUACAGCUCUGGGCAAAGAGAAAAGUGAAGGUGACACCUGGGAUGUUUUCCUAUUAUAAAACAGACGAACAGUCCGCUUUAAAUGUAGUUCCACUGAAACCAAACCAGUACCAUGUGAAGAGUGUGGGCAACUCCGGGUUUAAUGUUAUCUUCCCUAAAAGAACAUACUAUUUCCGAUUAACAUCAUCCAAUGCACCCAGUUCACAGACUGAAAGAGAUGGAUGGAUUCAGGCCUUCACAUCAGCAUGUCAGGAGAAGAGAAGAACAGUGAUAGAUUUUGAGUCCUCUGGUCUAGAACCCACACAUCAACCAAACAAUAAGUUUAUGUUAAGUGUGGGCUCAUUAAGCCAGUCAGAUGACUCUAUGUAUGACCAAGUUUAUGCGGAGGAAGGAGUCAAAAGUACAGAAAUCCAUACAGAAGCUGAAACCCAAACUGAGAAAGAAGAAAGGCUCUCUGCAGAAGUUCCUAAAUCUGAACCCUUGAAAAGUGCCACCAAAGACAGACCUAAAACAAAGCAACCUUUGGUCGCUGUGAAGUCUUUAAUACCCGAGGAGAGCGAACAAGAGAGAAAUGAGGAGAUUCCAUCCAACCAAACUAAAACAGAGUCAGAAAAUACACAGGAUGUGCCUGUUGUGAACGAUUUAUACGACGUCGUAAAAGACAUACUUUACUCCUCAUCAGAAGACAAUCUGAGUGAAGGCCACGAGGAGAUGGUCUGCCCAGAAGGAGAUUAUGCUGAUCCAGAGGAAGAACCUUGCAUCCCACAGCAAGUGUCCGCCAAGACUGGGGCAGAGUGUCCUACGUAUGAAGACAUUACAGAAGGAACAAAAUCUCCAGAGUUAAAAUCUGCACAAGAAAUACAAAAUGAUAAUCCAGAAACGCCGCUUUACUCAGAAGUGAGAAAAAUAUCAUACGAUGCAGACAAUGGGAAUCGUUCUGACGUAAGCAAUGAUGAGAAAGACCAGAAAGAAACUCCAGUUUAUGCAAAGUCAUUGAAAAAGAAGCAAAACCAAAGAAGGGAUUCCCUUAAACAGCGUGAAGUACUCCCUCCUCCUCCGCCACCACCUAUAUCCCCUAUUCCUUCACAACCUCCAUGCCAGGUGGUUACAGAAUCCCACACUGAAGACAAAAACCAAGAACGAAAGCUUCGUAAAAAAUCUUUAGCUAGACCCCCGUCUCAACCUCCGCCUCCCCCUUCUCCAAAAGAUCGUCAAUCGACGUCAUCGGGAACGUCAGAUUUGUCUAGAUCGUCUGCAUCAGACAAAAUAGAACCGCAGAAAACUAUUGAUGAUUUACCUCUUACCUUGCUUACUCCACCAAAAGAUCGUCACUCAACAUCAUCAUUUUCUUCUGACUUGUCUCAAUCAUCGGCAGGGAAAUCAGCAGUAUCGUCAGAGGUAGAGAGAGAAGAGGCUACUGACACCUCUGCCUCCGAAUCUCCUCGGUUGUCUUUUUCACAGUUCAUUGAAGCCUCAUUAUCCGAAUUUUCUCUUGCAAGUGAACUAGAACCAUCUACUCCCCUGUCUCCUGAUAAUAAUAAUAAGCAAGUAUCUGUGGACAGUGAUGAGCAAAAAAAAGUUAACACUGAACUGACGCCUGACGAAAACAACGAAUCAACAUCCAUUAUAAACAAAGAACAGAUAUCUGUUGCAAACACCGAUUCUUCAUCUGUUGACAACAGUGAUUCUUUAUCUGCUGCUGAGAACGAUGAGCAAGUUGUUAACAAUGAACAAAUGUCUGAUAUAAAGGAUGAGUCUGUAAGUAGUGAGAACAAGGAAGCUUCAUCUGUUGCCGACAGGGAUCACACGUCAACAGCAACAGCUGACCAACGCUCCAGUAGACCAGUCCAGCCACUCCCUCAAUGGCCCCCUCCAUCAGAGAAUGAUUCCUUACCCCCACAACAACCCUCUCAUGUUCCGACACCACCGCCACCUCCCUCUAUCCCACAGGCACCAGCGCCUCCGCCAGCACCUACAACAAAAAGACCAACGAAGCUAAGAACACUGCACUGGUCAAAGCUGAGCAAAUCACAGAUAAAAUCAUCUUUCUGGAAACAUGCCACCGAUCGCAAAAGUAAUAUUAAUACAGAACUGAUACUACAUCACUUCUCUGUUGUGGAUGAUAGUCAGCAACAACAUAAGUCAGCAGAACCAUCGUUAUCCGGAACAAAAUUGUUAUUAGAUGCUACAAGAGCAAGAAACCUUGGAAUCAUUCUUACCGGUCUGAAAGCAGAGGGUGCGCGCCAUAUUCGCGAAGUCCUCAACUCGGUUACCGAAGAUGAAUACUUUCCGGCGGAGAAAUUAACAACGAUACGUCGUUAUCAGCCGACUUCAGACGACAUCGAAUUGUUCAGACUUUAUUCUGAUAAAAAAUCUACAUUGGACCCAGUAGACAGGUUUAUGUGUGAAUUGUGUGAAAUAGAAUGUAUUGGCACCCGUCUUGAUUUUAUCCUCUUACUUUGGGACUUUCCACGCCAGCUGAAAUGUACAAACGAAUCUAUAGAAGAACUCUCUCAGGCGUGUUCUGAUUUGAAGACAAACACGCACCUUGUCCAGUUAAUGGAGUAUAUCCUUGCCAUUGGAAACUUUAUGAAUAAUGACCACAAAACUCAUGGAUUCCCUGUAACCUCUCUAAGGAUGUUUAUGGACAUGCGCGGCAAGACAACAGAUUUUACCUUCUCGCAUUUUCUUGUGGAACUAUUGGAGGAAAAGGAACCGGAAGUCAUUAGGUGGAUCCAGACAAUGGACAGUGUAGCCAAGUGUAAAAAUAUCAACAUCAAAGCCCUAGUUGUCGAAAUAGACGUGUUGAAGAGCGAUCUAACAAAAUUAAAAAAGAACUUGAAGACGCUGAAGUCUAAAAUAAAGAAACCAAAUGAAAUGGAGACUGAUUUCCUUCAUAAGGCACAGCUGUUACUAGUGAACUUCGAAGGCAGUAUGCAUUCUCUGGAAAAAGAGAGCGCGCGUAUACAGGCUACUUACCGCCAUCUUCUGGAAUAUUUCGGAGAGUCGGCGAGCGUUCCUUCGAAUGAACUCUUUUCUGUUCUGUCUGACUUUGCUCAGAAGUUCAGAAAGUCCGUGGACGACAUCAACAGAAGAAAGAGAUACCAGACACUUCAUCAAAACAGUCUAAUGUGAAUUUUCUUGUUUGUGUUCAAAGUAUAAACACACUAACUAUUGAAUGAUGCAAAAAUCAUCAAAAAGGAAACUAUUCCCUUUGUUCGUGUGUGAUUUGUAAGAGAAAAGUUGAUGUCUGUUAUUUAUUUUCGUUAUUGAGUCACUGGAUUCUCUUACAUUUUUAUAUGAUUUGGAAGUCACGAAUGAGAGAGCUUCGUCAUCAAUGUCAUUUUAUUGAAUUAUUUAUCAAUAAAAUAUUUAUUAU